CGCUGUGGUGGCGUGUGCUGCCGGAGCUAUUGACUUGUGACAGUGUAAACACAGGGACGUCGGCCUCCACGCCUUUUAUUUUGUUUUCGUGUGAGUGAGAGCAGGACGAGCGCCGAUCACCGUGCCAGGAACCCUACCAUGGAAACCCGCGAGUGAAGGCCCAGAAAGAGAGAAAGCCAGAAAGAGAGAAAUACUUAAAAGAGGCGUUUACUAAGCUCAGUGAGAGCAAGGCGGCCAUCUUGAGUGUGUCAGAGCGGGCGGCGAAGACAGAGGACAUGGCCCGAGCCUUGUAGUGGCGAGGCGAGUGCAGAGUGCGAGCGAGAGGGAAGGAGAGAGAGAGGGCGAGAGGGCUAGAGAGAGUGUGCGAGUGUGUGUUUGUGCCGACGGCGGGGGGGAAAGUCGGCAAGGUGGAGACCCCAGGAAUCAUCGCGUCCCUGUCCAAAGUGUUCGCCAUGGGGACGGUGCUGAGCUUCAGCCCGCGGGAGCAGAAGCCUUACUACGGGGACUACACCCUCAACAACCACAACUACGAGACGCUCAACAAUGUCCGCAACAAGGAGAAGCUCGUCAACAAUGAGAACUCCAACAUCCUCAGCGAGAAGAACGCCCUCGAGAGGAACUUCAAGAAGCACUCGCUCUUCAUCAACGCCCUCAGCUGGAAGCGCUUCUCCACCACCAACAAGAAGAAGCUCGACAACAAGAACAAGAACCUCUCCCUCAGACAACCGCUGGACAACAUCCACCCGUUCAUCGACAACAACAAGAACAUCCAGAAGGCGUUGUCAUGCUACAACAUCCGGCCCAGCUCUAUGGGCAACCUCGACCUGGUGAGGGUCAACAACAACAACGCCCACACGCCCACGGAGAAGCUCCCGCCGAAGGCCAUCCUCACCUCGGCGCCCUCCACGCACACGCACGACCUCCGCGGCGCCCUCGUGCCGUCGCGCCCCUCGCAACACCUGUCGAAGGCGGCGCAGCAGCAGCAGCACCAGCUGGGCCCCGUGCUGGCGCCCUCGCUGUCCACCACCAGCAGCAGCAGCGGCGGCGCCUCCAACGUCACGACCCCGACGGGCGUGAGUCCCACCAAGAAGACGGUGAUCCAGGCGUCCACGUCGGAGCUGCUCAAGUGUCUCGGGCUGUACCUGCACCGCACGUGCUCGCGCCUCAGGGACUUCCAGGCCGGCGACGCCGUCAUGUGGCUUAGGACCGUGGACCGCUCGCUCCUGCUGCAGGGCUGGCAGGUGAGGCCCUCGGCCGGACGCUCGUCUCGCCGCUCUUGUUUCAGGCGCCUGGCCUUGCAUGCUCGUUCGCUGUGGUCCCUUUUGCUCCUCGCUUGGUCUAGGUUCUAG